AUGGCCCCGUCCUCCCGCAUCCCAGCCCCGCUCGCCCCAGCCCUCUCCCCGACCUCUCCCUCCACCAGACCUCUCCGCCCUGCCCACUUCGUCGCCACCAACGCCCCGCAGACCUCGCCGCCGCCGACGCCCCUCAGACCUCGCUGGCGUGGACCUCUCUCCUCGUCUCCCUCGCACCACGCCGCCCGCAGCCUCCCCCGCUCGUCAUCAGAAGGGAAGGGAAGGGAAGAGAAGAGGGAGAGGGAGAAGGGCAGGCGGCGGCCAAGCUCUAUGUUUCAUGUGCCAAUGGCCACUGGUGUUAAUUGUUUGGAAAAAAUCGAGUGCUGGAUUGAAUCAUCUAAUUCAGGGACGAAACACAAAUCAGAUUGUGCUUAUGUCGCUACCUCCUACGUCUACAGCAGUACAAUUUCAGGUUUGCUCCCGGUUCUGUUGGCAAGGGAUAUUUGGUCAUGCAUCAAUUGUAGAAUGGCAAUAGUUGAGCAUCAAGGGACAACCGAAAUUACUAUGAUGAUAUUUCAGAGAUCCCGGGCCCUGUGGGGAGAUCAGAGGCUGGCAGUGCAUGCAACAGGGCAUGUUAAUCAGGCAAAUUAUCAUUCAAAGACAGGGUCUAUGAUGCUUGGGGCGAAUGUCCUAUUUCUCUCAUUCCUCCCUUCCAACCCUCAACUUUCUGGAUCAUGGAUGCACCUUCUUCUUUCAGCUGCAAUAUUUAUUUGGAUCUCUCGGUUGUGAAGUGCCAUAUUUUCUACUUAUACUCUACAGGCACAAUGUUACAGAUUUAUUUUCAAUCUCAGUAUGCCAUCUAUCCGAAUUUUGUAUAGCUUGCAUAGUGCCUAAUAUCAUGAGCUAAUGCUAAUAUUGUUUAUAGAGCUUUCAUAUUAUCAUGAUGACACCUUGGACCUGCUUGGCAGCAAAAAGAUGAACCAAACCCAAUGUGGUUCACCAUGUAGGCUUUUUUGGUGGAGCAAAAUGACGAAGGUUCUGAGAAUCAGAGGUAGUGUAGUAUAGCUUAUGACUACAAAGCUACCUUGUGGAUAUGUUGGCUAUAGAACCAAGUGUACAAACAUGUUUCCUUGUGAUUGUUUUGUUUUGGUUA